AUGAAUCGAGAUAUUAUUUACACUUUCGAUGUAAACAACACAAAAAAUAAUUUUUCCCGAACUCUCUAUUUGUAUGACAAAAAGAUAGUGAUCAGCAGCACAUAAUAGGAUUAGACAACAAACGAUGCUGUUCAGGAAUAAAAUGGUAGAUCUAUUGACCUUAGUUCUUUUUCAACUACGAUUAGUUGGAUAUUUAAGUAUUUUACAUAAUAUAAAUUGAAGUGAAACAAUAAUUGAAGGGUUUAAAGUAUCGUAUUAUUGUCGUUUAUCGAGUGCUUAAAAGUCCUUAACUUACAGAGGCGAGGCAGAAAAUAUGAAGCAAUUAAAGAAAUUACUGGAUUGCAAAGUGCUGUACACCGACUUCAAUAAUGAUUACCUGUUUGUUAGUUCAUUACAUUCUAAAGAGGAUGCUGAAGUACUAUUUUUAGAAGUACAAUGAUUAGAUAUAAAAAUAUGUUCAAAAAGCCACAGGACAAGAAAAACUGAUAAAAAAAGUGAAUUUAAAGAUGAAUUAAUAAGUAUACUAUUAAUAUUUAUUUAAGUCUAAACUUGAAAAGGAGGUUAAUAUACUUUUUGAAUUAAAAUAAUAAAAACAUAAAAGUAUUCUCGAAAUAGAUGAAAUUUAUAAAGAAUCAAAUGAAAUCAUCUUUAUAAUGAAAUAUUGUAGGGGAGGAACUCUAUAUAGUUACAUAUUAGAAAGAAAAUAACAAUUUGAAUAAUCAGAGAUAAAAUGUAUCAUGAAGAGGCUAUUGAAAGGAGUGAAACACUUACAUAAGCUAGGAAUUAUUCAUAGAGAUCUAAAACUAGAUAAUAUUGUUUUGGAGAAUGAAAAUGAUAUAAAGUCUAUAAAAAUAAUCGACUUUGGAUUUGCUGUAGAAUUUGGCUAUUAAAACAUAAUGAGAUGUGGUACUCCUGGAUACAUGGCUCCUGAGAUUUUAAAUUAAGAGGAUUAUAAUGAAUUAGUGGAUAUUUAUAGUUUAGGAAGUGUGUUUCAUGCUUUGUCCUCUGGAUAAAAGUUGUACCCAGAAUAUAAGGAUAAAAAUCAUUUAGUUUUCUUAAAUAAAUUAAAUAAAUAUAAAGUAUCUUCUAAGAUAAUAGAUACUGAAUAAAGAUAGCUCCUACUUUUGAUGAUCGGACAUAAGAAACAUCGACCUUCAGCUUCUCUUUGUUUGAAGCACUAGUUUUUCAGAAAAAGAUCUGAAAUAUCUCAUCCAAUAGAAAGUUAACUAAAACUUUUAAACUUUCCAACACUAAAAAACCCUUUUAGAAAGUAAUCUAUAAAGUAUUGA